GAGGCGGUGCUGUCCCUGACCGAGCAGCGGGAGUGAGGUGGGUCCGGGUUGGGCCCGAGGUCGCGGGGGGAGGCGGACACGACUUCGCGGGAAACUCUGUACACGGCCAUUUCACUCUCACCGAGGAGUUGGAGGCUGCUGCUUUGCUCCCUGGACCGAGUGGGAAGCCAAGGGGCCUUGUGGUCCCUCCGCCCCGACCCUCGGCCCUGGUCCCCGGACGACGCAGCCAGGGCCUGGAUAUAAUGUCUUCAACAGUUGUAACAGCAGCUGCUAUUUGCUGAUUGACAGCAUGUGUCACACACUCUGCUGAGUAUUACAGGCAUUUUUUUCUAAUACAAAGUCUUGUAGUGUGGAAAUACUUGCAGACUUGAAGGAAUUAUCAGUCUUUCAUUUUCUAUCAUCAGUGUCCUGUGAUAGUUUGUGCUUCCCUCCCUCAUCCCUUUGUUCAUGUCACUCUGUUCACCAGCCCACCCUGCUGAAAUGUCGUUAUUUCUUCAAGGCCUGGAGGAAAUGCUAUCACUCUCAUCAGAGGGUUCAGAGAUGGGCAGUGAGAAGGAGCAGAGUCCAGAACCACACCUGCCUGAGGAAGGGGAAGGGGGUAAGCCUUGGAGAGUGGAUGACUCAGAGGGUUCUUGGAUCCCACCUGGGGAGAAGGAGCAUGGGCAAGAGAGCCUGUCGGAUGAACUGCAAGAAACUCAUCCAAAAAAACCAUGGCAGAAAGUCACUGUCCCGGCUCGAGAGCCAGGGGAUCCCAUUGCUCAUCCAAGGCAUGAGGCAGAUGAGAAACCCUUUAUAUGUGCCCAGUGUGGCAAAACCUUCAAUAAUACCUCCAACCUGAGAACACACCAGCGGAUCCACACUGGUGAGAAGCCUUACAAGUGUUCUGAAUGUGGCAAGAGCUUCUCGAGAAGCUCCAACCGCAUCCGGCACGAGCGGAUCCACCUGGAAGAGAAACACUACAAAUGCCCCAAGUGUCAGGAGAGCUUUCGGCGGCGCUCAGACCUCACCACACACCAGCAAGAUCACCUAGGUAAGCGGCCAUACCGCUGUGACAUCUGUGGCAAGAGCUUCAGCCAGAGCGCCACACUAGCUGUGCAUCACCGGACCCACCUGGAGCCAGCGCCCUACAUCUGCUGUGAGUGUGGGAAGAGCUUCAGCAACAGCUCCAGCUUUGGCGUGCAUCACCGCACCCACACAGGUGAGAGACCUUAUGAGUGCACUGAGUGCGGGCGGACCUUCAGCGAUAUCUCCAACUUUGGAGCUCACCAGAGGACCCACAGAGGGGAGAAGCCCUACCGGUGUACUGUGUGCGGGAAACACUUCUCCCGGAGCUCGAAUCUCAUCCGCCACCAGAAAACUCACUUGGGCGAGCAGGCUGGGAAAGAUUCCAGCUGAAGGAGAGCCCCAUUUAGAGUGAAGGAGAGAGAGCGAGAGACCCCAACCUAUUGGAGGAAGAUCUUGAGCAUCUGCUGCUGCUACCUUGACCUCAAGCCCUUCAUCCCACUUUGGAGAAUGGUUUUGUAUUGCCUCUGAAGUCAGGAUCUCAGGAAGUCCUGAUAAGGGACUCUGGAGUAAAAACCCUUGCCUCUUUCCGGGCCAAUUUCUCGUGCUGAAAAGUCAGAGGACCCAGUCUUGGCUUCACUUUCUUGGGGUGAAAGAGAAAUAGGGUAGGCUCAGAACAUGCUCGUGUCAUUAAGGCAGCAGUCCCCUGGCCUUUGAGGAAGUACCUAUGAGAUGGGUGUCACUAUCUGAAGGUUCUCCAAAUUGUCUGUGAACUUGCUUAGGUAGGAGUGCACUGCAGUGUCCUGCUAGUUCCCACCUAUUGUGCCCCAACUUUGCUUCUAGAUCUCUGGGCUGGGAGGAGUGACCUUCUCAAUGGAAGGGGCCUCCUUGGUCUGGAGAAGAGAUCUGAGGUCCUGCCUUAGAAAUGAAAGGGAAACCCUCAGGGAGCCAUGACCCAGGGACCUUCACACUCCCCAAUGUUUGUUACUUGUUAUCCCUCCCCCAACCUCCCCAACCUGCCUCUGUUUUCCCCAGAGUGAUUAGCAGUAAAACCCUUCAAUGAAAA